AUGGCAACAUCAAAAGGAAACGAAAGUUGGUCUAAAGUUUUACUUGAUAAUGUUGUCGUUAUUACUGGUGCUGGUGGUGGAAUCGGUUCUGCUAUAUCUCACACAUGUGCGUUACAGGGUGCUAAAGUAGUAGUAUCUGAUGUCAAUAAGGCAGCUGCUGAUAAAGUAGUCGCAGACAUUAUUGCAACACGAAAUCAAGAACCAGAUAGAAUUAUGAGCAUAAAACUUGAUACAGCCGAUGAAAAAACAAUCGAGGAAGCAGUAGCAAAAGUAGUCGAGAAAUGGGGUACUAUCCAUGUGCUUGUUAAUGCGGCAGCUAAUUUUACUGUGGGUUCUAUUGAAGAUGUUUCAGCUGCUCAGUGGUCUCAAGUUUUCAAUGUAAAUGUUCGGGGUUUUGCACUAAUGGCUAAACAUAUUGUACCUUUACUGAAACAGCAACGUUCAGGUUCAAUCAUUCAAAUUGCUAGUAUAAGCGGAGUGGUGGCUCCAUUAAAUUUUGUUCCGUACAGUACUGCAAAGGGUGCUGUAAUACAAAUGACACGAAAUUUAGCUCUCGAUUUAGGUUCAUAUAAUAUCCGAUGCAAUUCUAUUUCUCCUGGUUGUAUUGAAACACCACCAGUUCGUAAGUUGGCAGCCUCGUUAAACAUGACAUUGGAGCGAUUUGCUCAAACUCAAGCGCAGAAACAAUGUAUGAAACGAAUUGGUACACCACAAGAAGUAGCAAACAUGAUUGUAUUUCUUGCUUCCGAUUUAUGUCCAUUUAUUACUGGAGCUAACUUAUUAGUAGACGGAGGUUAUACUGCUAUUUGA